CUCGCGCUUUCUUGUUUGCGCUCCGUACCGCUAGCAAAACAAGACGAUCUACUUCAACUCAAGGGCCUACGAACAUUUCUUGAAUUCCAAAGUGAUCUGGAAUAUCUCGCGGAUCCCACUAUUGGCCGUAUCUAUCCUGGUGUUGACCUCCUAGCUGGUUUGGAUAAGCUCACUUCGAUGCUUCAGGACGACAUCUACGACAAUGAGUACGACUUUCAGUUGGAUAUCUUCAAGCUCUUCUCGUCUGCUUACGAUGGCCAUCUAUCGUAUACUCCUGAUAUCGUAGACGUUUUUGCUUUUGCCAGGUUGCAAAAUGAGAAGCUGAACGAUGAGGGAAUACCUGCCUACUUCUCUCUAAUCUCAAAUGAAACUCCAGAUAUCUAUGCAUACAGCGAUGAAGCUGCGCUGACCAAAUCCGGAAACGCAGACUACAGUCCUUCACCAAUUACCAAGAUUAACGGCGAGGAUGUUCUGGCUUGGGUCAACAGCUAUGCAUCCCAGAAUGGCCGAUCUCAAGACCCUGAUGCAAAUUACAAUGGAGUUUUCUUGAACAUCCCUGCAUUGGCGUACCAAGAUAUCGAGACGAACUACUUUGCUAUCUCAAGAUUCUAUCAAGGUGACAAUACCGUGCUCACCUUUGCUAACGGAUCUACGCUUGAUGUGAUGACGAGAGCACAGUUGCUGUCUGGCAAGACAUUGGAAGGUGUCACUGAUGGUGCGAGCUUCUUUGACAGAUUCUGUAACAACAAUCUCACCGCGUCGAUUCUGGCACAGGCAAAUUCGAGUACAACACCUUCACAGACUGCCUCAAACGACACUUUGGUACCCUUUGAACCUGUCUCUACCGAUGGUGUUGCACCUCCCCAUCCAGCGUACCCAAGUCCAGUUGUUAUUGCGUCUGACAACAGUGUUGCUGGCUAUCUCUCCGAUACAUACCCGGAGCUUGCCGUCCUUUCUGUGCCUAGCUUCUCUGCUGUCGACGAAGUCGAGUUUGAGAACGUUGUGCGUCAGUUUUUGGCGACCGCGGAUGAUGAAGAACGAACAAAACUCGUCAUUGAUCUUCGCGGCAAUGGUGGCGGUGAUAUUUUCUUGGCCUACGAUCUCUUCCGCCAGCUCUUUCCCACCGAGACUCCCUACGGUGCAGGCAAUUACCGUGCUAGUGAGCUCCACAAUGCCACGGGACGUAUUGCAAGCAAGAAUAUCGACCAGCUUCAUGCAGCUUAUCCCGAGUUGGUCAAAGCAGGUGUUGAUGGAGUUGUUCUCAACAGUUUCAACUACCGUGAGCCUUUGACUGUGGAUAACGAGCAGUUUACUUCUUGGGAAGACUUCUUCGGACCACACGAAAAUGACAGAGGCAACUUUACUUCGCUUAACCGCUUCAAUCUCACAGAUAUCUCUGCCACGACAGUGCCUAUUACUGGAUAUGCAGAUGAUAACAUAACACAGCCCAGAACCUUCUCAUCUCAAGACAUAGUGCUGCUGCACGACGGAACUUGUGCGUCCACUUGCGCAAUCUUCAGCGAAUUCAUGACAUCUCAAAUGGAGACAUGGAGCGUCGUAGUCGGUGGUCGUCCACAAACCGGACCGAUGCAGGGGGUCGGCGGUGUCAAGGGCUCUCAAGUACAAGGCAUGUUCAUUCUAUCCACCAUUAUCAGCGCCGUCAUCAGCGCCGCACCUUUGGGCGACCAACUCUCCUUCCUCGGCGAGUUCGGCACCGACUUGAUAUCCGCCACGCAACAGGCACUAAAUCGUGCUUCUCCUGGUGGUACUCUGCUCGUACAAGCCAGUGUCAACUUCCGCAACAACAUUAGAAAGGGAGAUGAGAGGGAGACGCCCUUGCAACAUAUCUAUGAAGCAGCAGAUUGUAGGUUCUUCUACACACCUGAGAUGUAUGUCGAUCAAGCGGCUGUGUGGAAUCAAGCCUACGACUCUACUUGGGGAAGCAUGGUAUGUGUUGAGGGA